GCUUUGUUUUGGGAAGAACUGAGGAUUGGGCCUCUCGUCCAUGAAGGAAAACUUUUUUAGUGGACUACAGGCCCAAAGCAUACUAAAGGUUCUCAGUUAAUUUGGGCUCACUAUAGCCCAGAAACAAGCCCACAAUGCUUACGUCCUUUCAAUCCUCCCGUUCUUCUCCCACUGCUCCCGAUUGCCGGAAAAGCAAACAGCGGCACUGGAUAGAUAGGUACACACACUGACACACAGAGAGCGCGAGAGAGGCUGAAAGGAGGAAGGAGAUGAGUAGCUGCAAUGUUUUCGCACCCAGUUGCCACCUUCAGGUUUUUUUGGCAAACGAUUCCUGCCAUGCCCUCUACAAUCUCAAAGCUCCUCCCUUUAUGCUUCCUUCACCGGCUAAGAAGCAGUCGUCGCCAUUUGAUAGGCGCCGGAGAGCUUCCAAAGCGGUGGCUUAUUUUGGCUUGAAGCCUCCUCCUUAUCAACUUGAUGCGUUAGAGCCACACAUGAGUAAGAAGACGGUGGAGUUGCACUGGGGAGGUCAUCAUCGUGGUUAUCUGGAGAACUUGAACAAAGCUUUGGCGAAAGACGAUGUUCUGUACAGCUACACCAUGGAUGAACUCAUCACAGUUACCUAUAACCGAGGCAACCCUCUACCUAUUUUCAACAAUGCUGCUCAGGUCUGGAAUCACGACUUCUUUUGGGAAUCCAUGCAACCAGGAGGCGGCGGGAUACCUGAACUUGGUUUGCUCGAUCAGAUCGAAAAGGAUUUCGGGUCCUUCACAAAUUUCAGAGAGAAGUUUGUGGAAGCAGCCUUGACAUCUUUUGGUUCUGGCUGGGUUUGGCUUGUCUUGAAGAGAGAAGAAAAACAUCUUGCUAUAGUGAAGACAUCAAAUGCUUUCACUCCACUUAUUUGGGAUGACAUUCCUAUAAUCAAUCUAGAUGUGUGGGAGCAUGCUUACUAUUUGGAUUACAAGAACGAGAGAGCAAAGUACGUGAACGCCUUCAUGGACCACCUCGUAUCCUGGAAUACAGCAAUGGGAAGGUUGGCUAGGGCAGAGGCCUUUGUGAAUUUGGGGGAACCUAAUAUCCCGGUUGCAUAGAAGGUGGAACAGUCGGGCACCAGAAAGUCCGCGGUGGAGUGCAGGCAUCCUGACCUAGCCCUUCCAAAUGAGAGAUUCCGUACCCAAUAAUGGAAGACCAUUUGGAGACAAAGGAGCCAAUCUUUGUUGCGUCGUGCUGAACGAAUCACUGUGGUGGUUUAGAGUGAGGCUCGGCACAAGUUACAUGUUGAAAGAGAGAAGGCAACGAUAGGAAAAGAGAGAUGAAGGGCUUAUGGAGCCAUAAACUGAGGGCCCUUGGGUAGGAGCUAACUAACUAGGAAGGUAGAAACUAGAGCAGCUGAAGCAACUCACCUCCAACAUUUUCCAUCCCAAUUUUGAAAGAGUUUGUUUGCUUGGUUCCCCAGUUUUGGAGUUUAUAUAGCCUUUGCUAGAACAAACACUAGUGUGUGUUAGUGAAUUCUGUCCUCGAAACCCUGCGUCGAAUGGAUGUUUCCUUCUGUCUUCAUGAGACUCAUAUGCUCUGCUUGAUUAAUGUUAUCAUGCUUCUUUUUGCCUCUGUUGC